UCAAUGGCUUCCGCCACUACACAAGCUGGUUGUCACAAAUGCACCUUUGGACUUGAUCCGAUAUGUGUACAACAAGGACCCUGAAGCUUUGAAUGCGGACAUCAUUCAUGAUGCAUGCAGGUUCGUCCCAUUGCCAAGUGAUGUCCUUGACUUGCUGUUGGAACUAGCGGGACCAGAGGCAUUCCCCACAAAAGACAUUGCUUCGGCAAUGCAUCAUUUCUUGGAUAACUUGCAAGAUAUAUUCAAUGAUGAACGUUUGGAUCAGUUUGAAUUGUUUGAGCAUCUCUAUUCCAGGUUCCCAAAGGCAUUGGUGUAUAUUGAGGCCCCAAACAAGUUGAGUCCGUUUGCAACUGCCAUCCAGAUGGACUUCCCUGGCUCCCACAAGAGUUUCAUGAUAAGCCAUAUUCCACGGAGCACAAGACACCUCGACUUUGGAGAGUAUUGUCCAUAUGAAGAGGACGAUUUCGAUUACAAUGAGGAGGAAUGUGUAGGUUUCGAUACCACCUCCGAUGCUAUGGCUUCCGGGCUAAAUAGAAUGACGGAUCUACAAAGCCUGCGGUUGAAGAUUUGCUAUCAAGAUGAAAAGUUGAUAGAUCCUGUUUGUAACCUGAUUACUGCUGGGAAGUUGGAGUUUCUUGUUGUCUCUGCUACGCCGCAAAAUGCAGAUGAAGACCCUCCAAGCAGCCUCUUUUCCCCUAUUUUUGACUCCAUCAAAGGAUCCGCACUACUGGAGUUUGGGCUUCUUGGCCUCCAAGACAGCAACUUGGCAUGCUCAUACCAGGAUCUCAUCCUUGAGAUUCUAAAGAGCAAUUUCACCUUGAGGCAAACUCACAUCAGUGCCCUUCCUGCAUAUGAAGAUUGCUCCAAUAGAUCCAAGAAACAAAGAGAUAUUGAUUACUACACAACACUCAACCGAUAUGGAAGGUCUCUGGUGCGACACCCAGAAACACACUGGAUAGAAAUUUUUGAUAAUCUGGCACAAGCAGCCCAGCGAAGUGAACCAGAGCAUCCCACAUGGACAUCAGCCGUCCCGGUGCUCUAUGGGCUCUUAAGGGAAGCACCUGGAAAAUGGAGUGUGUCGGCUGGGGUCGAACAGGUUGCCCGACCCAGAGGAAACCCCAGACUGUCACUCAAACGAAAAGCUUCACAUUCCCUGGAUAGAAGAUCUCUGGGUUGAAUGAACACGGUCGCCUUUUAUGAGUAUUGUAACAAAUAGAGAGUUGGUAUCUGUA